CUGGAGGCGUGAUGCUGUUUGCACAAAAAGUGGGUGGGGCUGAUAGCUGCAGUAACCUUGUACAAGUCUGAAGCAGCUUGACAUCUCUCCAACAAACAUGGAUGAAGCUACAGCUGCUCCUGGUGACCAGGACUACCUGGUGAUAGCUCUGGCAGUGGGCAUACCAGCCUCAGUGGUCAUCCUUGCACUGGUGAUUGUCAUCACCGCCAUGUUCAUACUCAUGCUGCGGAAGAGCAGAUCUGAAGAGGAGGUAGAGGCCAUGUACAUACGGAGAAGGUUUCAAGGACUCUCACUGGAGGAGCAGAAGCGAAUGCAGCAAGGCAAGAAGAGGACCAAGCCUGACAGGAGAAGAAGCUCUGCUGCUGAAUCACGAGGAUCCCAACUCACUCCCCACAGUAGAGGGGGAAAAAUCAGGAGUGCCAAUCCAUUCGGAUUACAAGAAUGGCAGUUGAAGUUGUCUGGCAUUGACAUGGAUAUAGACACAGAGGAGACGGAUAUUGAUGGAGAGGAGGACUUCAACAGGAAGCCGAUGGGAGCCAUCAACCCUCUGCUAAUGAGAGGUGUGGAUCAUGAUAUGGCAGAUUAUGAUCCAGUGAGACAGCCUCCAAGAAGACACUCACAACCCACCAGUAACAACAGGACUAAACCACGCGGCAGAGUAGCCACACCCACUCUCGAGGAGACGGAUUCUGACGCUGACUCAUCAGACUCAUUCAAUCCUUACGAUUAGACAGAACCUGUGUACAUGUACCUCCCGCCAACACAUGCACACACUUGCAGUAUUAUUUGUAUAAUUAACUUGUGAAAACUGUUUUUUAGACUGUUUAAAAACAGAAAUUAAUGCACAGAAAAGUGGAUAACAAUUUG